CUACACAAAUAAACCCCUUAUGAAUUAUAUUUGCAUAGAAGAUAAAUUACACUGAAUGAUCCACGGUAACCAAAACUUGGUAGGGAUUAAUUAAUGAGUCUAAAAUGUUUGAAAAAAAAAGAAUUCGAAACAUUAAACUCAUCAUGAAAAGCUUGUUCAUAUUUAUUACUAAAAAAUGUGAAACUCGAGUACAGUUUGCGAUUAUUCUAUUCCGUUUAAUUUUCAAGGUCCGACUUCUACCAUAAAAUAUUUGAAUGCACCAUCUUGUGAGAGCUGCGGGGAUUCAAGAUGUGCUGAACAGCGAGAAGAGUACAGCAGUAUUAGUUUCCCGCAGACAUGAUGAUCGCGAGAAGAACGAUACUAGUGCUCGCGGUAGCCUUUCUGGGGACUUUGGUCGAGUCCACGUACCACUCGCGGCCGCUGGUUCCCAGCAACGUCAAGGUCUUCCCCACAGCGCGGGCAGAAGAUCAAGCUUUUUGGUACGCCGAAGCGCAGAACGAAAUUGCUCAGAGCCUCGCAAGGACCGAGAAUAACAACGUUGCAAAGAAUGUCAUACUCUUCCUGGGGGACGGCAUGAGCGUGGCUACCAUCACCGCUGGCAGAAUUUACAAAGGCCAACAGCUCGGCCAGAGCGGCGAAGAAUACAAGCUCGUGUGGGAAGAUUUCCCUGAUCUUGCCAUGAUCAAGACGUACGAUGUAGACAGGCAAGUGCCCGACAGUGCCUCAACCGCCACGGCUUACCUCUGCGGCGUUAAGUCCAAUUAUUACACAACAGGAGUUGAUUCAUCGGUCAAAUUGGAAGAUUGUAUGUCAGUCACGGAGGAGAGCAAACUAUCCUCAAUCGCAGUGUGGGCGCUGGAAGCCGGCAAACGUACUGGUUUUGUGACAAGCACCCGAGUUUCUCACGCGACGCCUAGCGCCCUCUACGCCCACUCGGCCUCCAGGGAGUGGGAGUGUGACGCAUCGCUUCCUCUAGGCACGGCGCUCCGCUGCCCCGACACGAAGGAUAUUGCCAGGCAGCUCAUCGAGGACUAUCCAGGCUCUGAUUUUAAUGUAAUCAUGGGUGGAGGUUACUCCUGCCUCUCUGGAGACGCCGUGGAGACACCUGGGGACCCCAUAAACUUGGAGUAUGGCUGCGUCAGGGCAGACGGAAGGAAUCUUUUCGAUCAGUGGACGAUUAAUCAGGAGGCCAAGGGGCGCCGCCAUGCGGCAGUUCGGACCUUCACGGACCUGAAGGCAGUCAACGCCUCCGACGUCGACUACAUCCUGGGAGUGUUCGCAAACGACCACGUGGCAUACGAGCAUUUGAAGCGUGAGCUGAACCUGGACAUGCCAACUCUGGCCGACAUGACGGAGGCGGCCAUCAGCGUCCUGCAGGCCAGCGAUGCGGGGUACUUCCUUCUCGUAGAAGGCGGUCGCAUCGACCUCGCCCACCACGACAACCUCGCCAACACAGCACUCGACGAAACUGCUGCUUUUGACGACGCUAUUCGUCGAGCCUUGUCGCUCGUCAACACAGAGGAGACAUUAGUGAUCGUCACAUCCGACCACAGCCACGUGGCCACCAUCAACGGCUACCCCCACCGCGGCCAAGAUAUUACAGGCUUCUCGGGCAUAAUGGACGACGGACUGCCGCUGCCAACUAUCACCUACACCAACGGGCCGGGCUGGAUUGGCUCGUACGUUGUGGACGAGAACGGCAACGCCGCGCGACGUAACCUCACCGACGACGACGUCACGAGCUACGAUUACGUCCAUUCGGCGGGCGCACUGCGGUACUCGGAGACGCACGGUGGCGACGACGUCGCGCUUUUUGCAGUCGGUCCGAUGUCCCACCUGUUCCAGCGCACUCAUGAGCAGAGCUUCAUAGCUCACGCAAUGGCUUAUGCCGCCUGCAUCGGGCCCAACCUCGACCACUGUGCCCAGCCAUAGUUUGAGCCUCCAGCAUCGGGCCUACUGCAUACUUAUUAUAUUAGCCACUGCUAUGCCUACUAUAUCUAGUGCACUGCGUCCAGCAAUAUCUUAUAUCUCACACAUCGUAGAAGAGGUAUACUGCACGCAGCAAUGCCGAAAGCCCAAUUCGUCAAUUCUGUGAAGACCAAACCUUGUUAGACUACGUAACUGCCCCUCGGAGCAUGGCCAAAUCAAGUUGUUCCAAAUACUCUUGUGUUUACUGUCAGAUUCGCAGUGCAUUUAUUGGGAAAUGUUUUGUAAUUUUGGCACAACAAGAUACUUCUCUUAUUUCAUUGUAAGAUUCGCAAUUCGUUGUGUCGGUUAUCUUCAUUUCAAAUUGUUUAGCAGCUGUUAUUAACAACAUUAUUUCGAAUUUUGUUUAGCAGCUAUUUAAUUUAAUUGUCGUAAUUUAAUGAAGUUAAAUUGUACUCUGAAAUAAAUGGUCCUGUUUUAGUUCAAUCUAAUAUAGAAUGGAGUUAUAUUACUGCUACAUACGUUCUGAGAUUUCAUUUAAAGAAAGUCAUGCGUUGGAAUUGGAAUUGGAAUUGGGGUGC